CUGACAAACACAAACUGGUCACCGCGUUCUCCAGGUGAGUCUGUGCGAAUUCACUGCUCUUUGUGUGGCGGUACAGCACCGAUCCAACCUGGAGAUGGAUCCUGUUGUGAGGGCUUUGAUCUUCAGAAACACCGCCUGCAGAAGCGUCUGCAGAUCUUCGGCGGACUUGAAUACCAAAGUGUGCUGCAAAACCUAACAGGGCCAGGCGGGCUCACCACCUUAACACGCCGUUGUGCUUGCUGCCACCCAGAGUCAUCUAAAGCCGACAACAAAAUCACUCAGUGCGAAAAUAAAAUAACGUGAAAAUGGCGACACGAAGGGUCACGCAGGAAACAUUUGAUGCUGCUGUCAGAGAAAACAUUGAGGAGUUUGAGAUGGAUCCAGAUGAGGCUCUGAGAGAUGCAGUGGAACAGUUUGAAUCUCAAGGUGUAGACCUUAGUUGUAUAGUAAAGGCUAUACCAGCUGUUUCAUCUGAUAACAAUCAAGAAGAGCAAACAACACAUGAGGUUCUACAGGCUUUGGAUUCUCUCCGAAUUGGAAAAGAUUCUUCUUGUGUUACUGAAGUGACAGCAGGCAUUAAAUGCUUUACUGAGCAGUGCUCACUUGGAUUUGCUCAGAGGUACCUAGCUGCCCAAAAAGAUGCCUACCCCAUCAUCCUCUCCUACUGCAAAAAGAGUGUGGAGGAACAGGAUGCUUUGUUGCUUACAUUAUCUGCUCUGGCUGCUCUGACAGAUGGACAGCCAGACUUAUUGGAUGCAGAGGGUCAGCAGUUCAUUUUGGAUGUUCUCAAGAAGUACCAGGCUGAUUCUUCUGUGACGCGUGUCGCCAUCUGUGCGAUGCGUCACUGCUGCUUGAAACAUGAACAGAACAGGCAGGAUCUGGUAAAAGGUGGCAUCCUGCCGCUGCUGACUGGUGCUGUUAUACAACAUAGUGGAUGUGCUGAGCUGAUCAAGGAGGCCUCUGCUGCUCUUAGGGUCAUGACAUUUGAUGAUGAUGUCCGAGUUACGUUUGGGCAUGCCCAUGAACAUGCCAAGAUGAUUGUUCUUGAGCACAAUGGACUAAAGGUUUUAAUUGAUGCUGCUAAAGCUCAUUGUGGUAAUACAUCUGUUCUGAGUGAGCUUUGUUCAACUCUAUCCCGCCUGGCUGUCAGGAAUGAGUUUUGUCAAGACAUCUGUGAUCUGGGUGGAUUAAAACUCAUGUUGACGUUGCUUGCAGACAGCUAUGAGUCAACGGUAGAGUACACAAAAACAAGGCUUUUGAAUCAGAUUCAAGAUUGGACUUGUUUAUUUGUUCUUAUCACUGAAUCAUUUGUCUUCUUGCAGGAGCUGGUUCGACAGGUCCUUAGUGCAAUACGAGCUGUUGCAGGAAAUGAUGACGUUAAAGAUGCAGUUGUUAUUGCUGGGGGAGUCCAGCUCAUUGUAAUUGCCAUGAACCGACACAUGAGCAACCCAACUGUGUGUGAGCAGGGUUGUGCAUGCCUCUCUGUCCUUGCUUUACGUAAACCCAACAACUGCAAAGUCAUCAUGGAGAAUGGAGGUGCCUUGGCUUCUCUUCAGGCUAUGAAGACUCACUCUGAUGUCGUUAAUGUACAGAAACAAGCAUGCAUGCUCUUGAGGAACCUGGUUGCACGUAUGCGUAACUUCAGUCAACCAAUAUUGGAGAUGGGAGCAGAGGCUCUGAUUGCUCAAGCAGUGCAGACACAUCAAGACUGUGGUGAUGUGGGUAAAGCAGCCCUCAGAGAUCUGGGAUGUAAGGUGGAACUUCGAGAGCUGUGGACUGGAAAACACGGCGGGCUUACCAACUGAAAAAGGAGUUCCUUAUUGCAGAUCAUGCACCUUAUGAUUUGUAAAAUGAAAUGCUUUGUUGUUGUUACACGCUGAUGAUAUAAUAGUUGUUGUAGAUACACAUACAUAGCCUGUGUAAUUGUUGAAAAACCACACCAAAAGUAUCACACAAAACCCUUUCAAUUUGUUUUACAGCACAAACAAUUUACAUAAGGUCUUUUUUUCGUAAAUAUUGGCCUUUAAAUAUGUGUAACGAUUGUCUUUAAAAAGAUGCACAUUUGUUAUUUUUGUAUGAUUGGUUAAUAUGAAUUUAUUUACGGCUAUGCACUGUAUAAAUUCUUUUUAUGUUGAUACAGCCAAAAUUGAACAUUUAUUGAAUGCCUUAUACUUUUAUUACUUUUCUUAUCAGCUUCUUUAUUCAUAGCUGAAUUGUAUUUGGAUUAUGUUCUCCUUUGCUAGGCAAAGUCUUUACAGUAACACUCGUAAGCUGAUGAGCACUUUCUUUUUAUAUUUCUGCAUAAACAUGUCCUAAACGUUUCUAAAACUGUAUAUGGAUAACCCAUUUAAACUAAUUUUUAAAGAAUAUUUGGUUGUUUAUUAAUGGAAUAUAAUAAUCUAAUCUUUGUGAUUGAAGGCUUCUGUAGCUUAACCUGCAUUCCUUUUAGACCUCUCAGACCAUUGCACACUUUGCUCUGGGAGUGAUACAUAUUUGUAGGUCAGCCACUGCUGGAGAGGUUUAUUUGUACAUUAUCAGAGGAGUCCAUACUCUUAAGACACGUUUUUGACAGAGUAGUUCUUAAAUAAACCACGGCACCAACUCCUACCUGACUGUGAUGUUAAAAGUGAGAAAUUUAUACAUUUGCAUAUCUUGUUCUUGGAACAUUAGGUGAUUUUGCAGAAAUAACAGUUAUACUUUUGUGAUAUUUAUUUAAUCUGGUUCUCUUUCUGUACUUUAAGGACUUAGGUGAACACCUGAGCCUUAGGACAUAUUUAUACAGUAAUAAAGAAGUUCUCCACA